UUUUCUCUAUACGAUUGAUCCUCUUUGAUUGAUAUUGAUAUUUUUUUUCCCCAUUAUCAGCGUGAGAAUCGAUCCAUGAACUCUUCUCAAAGAUCCACAUCUCUACUCUAACAAUUAAAAGAUUUUUCUCUGAUUCUCAAAUUUUCAAUUUUAAUUCUCUUUCCCUUUUCAAUUCCUUUAAUUUUCUUACUUUUUCUCAAAGAUCCAAGUUGGUUGUUACUGAGAGAGAGAGACAAAUAAAAAUCUAGGGUUUCGUCAGGUUUUUAGGUCAAAGUAAAUGUUCGAUCAGCCUCAAACACAUUCGAUUCUCCUCUUCUUCUUCUUCUUCGCUACUGCUACUCUGCAAUGCUUAGCGUGAUCCGAGUUCACCUCCCUUCCGAAAUUCCCAUCGUGGGCUGCGAGCUAACCCCUUACGUCCUCGUCCGCCGCCCCGAUAAGUCCGCCGCCACCGAAGAUGUCCCUGAGUCUUCCCCCCUCGAAGGCUACUUCCUCCGUUACAGAUGGUUUCGUGUACAGAGCGAUAAGAAAGUAACGAUCUGCAGCGUCCACCCAACGGAGCAAGCCACUUUGCAAUGCGUCUUCUGCUCGAAGCGACCAGCUCUCGUCUCCAAAAGCUACCACUGCUCUCCCAAAUGCUUCACCGACGCGUGGCAGCACCACAAGACUCUGCACGAGCGUGCCGCCGCUGAGAACGGGAACAACGAAGAAGAUAAUAAUAAUAAUAAUAAUAAUGACUUGUCACGUGCCAACAGUGCUGCCUCUGGUGUCCUCGCCAGCACCUUGUCGAGUCUCAACGGCCCACCGACGCCGUUUUAUCCUUCUAGCAUCGCGCAGAAGAACGGAGGAGAGACGCUGGUCGAGGUCGGGGGUUGCAAGACGUACACGCCGACGGCUGAUGAUAUUGGAUACGUGUUGAAGUUCGAGUGUGUGGUGGCUGUUGCUGAGAGUAAGCAGUCUGUGGGGCAUCCUAGUACGAUUAUGACUUCGCGUGUGAUUCCUGCUCCUUCUCCGAGGCCACGGAGGCUGAUCCCUGUUAAUGGAGCUGAUGUGGUGGGUGGUCACUUGGAUCAAGAUGGUCGGAUUCAGUCUGCAGGGUCGUUCACUGUUCUUUCUUACAAUAUAUUGUCUGAUACUUCUGCGAGUAGCGAGCUUUAUAGCUAUUGUCCUACUUGGGCUCUUUCUUGGCCGUAUAGAAGGCAGAAUUUGUUGAGGGAGAUUGUUGCUUAUCGAGCUGAUGUUGUCUGCCUUCAAGAGGUACAAAGUGAUCAUUUCCAUGAAAUUUUUGCUCCGGAGUUGGAUAAGCAUGGGUAUCAAGCUCUUUACAAGAGGAAGACUAAUGAGGUUCUCAGCGGAAGUACAAGUGCAAUUGAUGGAUGUGCGACAUUUUUCAGAAGGGAUAGAUUUGCACAUGUCAAGAAAUAUGAUGUUGAAUUCAAUAAGGCUGCUCAGUCUUUGACUGAGGCUAUCAUCCCUCCUGCUCAGAAGAGAAGUGCUUUAAACCGACUUGUGAAGGAUAACAUUGCGUUGAUAGUUGUUCUUGAAGCGAAGUUUGGUAAUCAUCAACCUACUGAUGGGAAGCGCCAGCUUAUCUGUGUGGCAAACACACAUGUUAAUGUUCAACAAGAGCUGAAGGACGUGAAGCUCUGGCAGGUUCAUACUUUAUUAAAGGGACUGGAGAAAAUAGCUGCUAGUGCUGAUAUUCCUAUGCUUGUAUGUGGAGACUUCAAUACUCUUCCCGGAAGUGCUCCUCAUUCACUUCUUGUAUAUGGAAAGGUUGAUCCACAGCAUCCAGAUCUAUUGGUUGAUCCACUUGGGAUCUUGCGUCCUCAAACCAAACUGACUCAUCAACUGCCUCUGGUGAGUGCGUACUCAUCGUUUGUGAGAUCAGUAAUGGGUAUUGGAUUGGAACAACACAGAAGGAAAAUGGAUCUUAAUACAAACGAGCCUUUGUUUACCAAUUGCACAAGGGACUUCAUUGGCACUCAUGACUAUAUAUUUUAUACAGCGGAUACGUUAAUGGUGGAGUCUUUAUUGGAGUUGCUAGAUGAAGAUGGAUUGAGAAAGGAUACAGCUCUUCCUUCCCCGGAAUGGUCUUCUAGUCACAUUGCACUCUUAGCUGAGUUUCGAUGCAUGCCUAGGACCAGACGCUAACCGGAGCUCCACCACCUUUCUUUUCACCUUGGCAAAUCGCUUACAGAUAGUUUUCUUCUCUUUUUUUUUUUUUUUUCCUGUUUUCAAAAUCAGAUUAAGACAGAGAUGGCACAAAAGGUCGAAAGUGUUUCUGAUCCAAAGUAAAAGGCAGAUAUCACUUUCUGAUGUUGGUCAUUCUUUAUAAUGACCUCUGUGUCUCUUUCUUUGUCUAACCUUGUCAUUUUGAUCAGUCAAUAUUAAGAGAUAUCCAUUUGCUUUUUAA